CAUGGUAGCGGGCGGUUUUGUCAGGCAUGCCCGGACUGCACGGGUUCUUGUUGGUUGUUGCUACUCCAGUUCAUCUCUCCCAGCAGAAAGAUGGAGUCAUUUACACAGUAAGGUUCCAUGCAUGGUCCAAUGCAUAAAAAUGCUUAUCACUAUUUAACUUUUGCUGGUGUUGGGCAAUUGUCUCCAAGGACCGGGGAAAUAGGUGAGGGCAAUUGUCAUAAAAAUGCAAGUCACAAGUCGAUGUUACAACUGAAAUAUGUGAGAGGAGGGAACAUCAACAACAGGUAGGCACGGUGUAAAGCAUUGAAGACUGAAGCGGAGGAGGAUGGAUGGUGCGCAGCGCAAUGCAAAACUGCAGAUGCAUGCAGGUAGGCGAUUCAGCAGUUGAUUCUGGAGCUGAGAAAAUAAAUAAAUACUCUAAUUGCAAGCAACCAACGUCCCAACCCAACCAACAGUUGUAAUAAUGAGCAACUUCCGUCCAUCCGCAACUACUGUAUACUCCUGUAUACUCUACUAUCCAUCAUCGCCGUUGUGCACAGGGAUCCCUCCAUCUCCACGUACUUCUCCACGCCUCCAUCGAUGGAUCAGAAUUCAGAUACAGCUCACUUCAUCUUCAGAGAAAACCUCGUAUCCUUUUACAACACUGCAUUGCAUUUGCACUGUCAUUUCCUUCCUUUCAGUUUUACUGUGUAGUUUCAUCUGCAGUAUAGUAGACUAGUACACAUAUACACUGGUAGUCGAUCAACAUAAAAGAUGGUAGUAGUAAGAUGUUGUCCUGAAAUUUUCAGUCAUGAAGGACGAAAUGCUCCAACCUUACCUUACCUGUACGACAGGCAUGCAUGUUACUCCAGUAGUGAGGUGGUUCGUUGUAUGGCCGACGCGGCGAGUCACCAAGACGAUAGACAGCCGGCCUGGCCAUCAUCGAUGCACAUCCGUCGCCAUUAAUGGCCGAUGGAUGGGGUGCCUGAUGCCCAACAUCACCAUCAAUGAUAAAACAACAAAACUACUUCAACCACCCCUACGCAUUCAACUCCAUUCUACUCUCUCUACCCCCUCCUUCCUUCCUUCCUUCCUAGGGGAGCAUCAGCAGCAGCAGAAGCAAUGGGGAUAUGCUGCAGCAAGGGGAAGGAGGAGCUUGAGGAGGAGGGAUUUCCAUGGAAGCACGACGCCUUCUUCCACGACCAGCUUUGGAGCGCUGGCGUCUCCAUGCACACCAAGCAAGGCUGGAAGGGCGCCAACCAGGACGCCAUGACUACCUGCCAGGACUUUGCGGGGCACAAGGGCCAGAUAUUUUGUGGAGUUUUUGAUGGGCAUGGCCCUCUCGGAAGGGAAGUUGCUCGCCAUGUCCGCGACGUCCUUCCAGUGAAACUAUCCUCCUCUUUGGCACUGAAGACUGAACAAGAUCCAUCCAGCAACACAGAUAAGGAAACCUUGGAAAAGUCAGAUUGCACCUCAUUGAGCGAUACAAGCAAUGAGAAGCAAUUGUUAUCCACCUGGAAGAACAUAUUUGUCAAGACAUUUGAGGAUGUUGAUGAGGAUCUGAGGCAACAUUCUGGAAUUGACUGCAUUUGUAGUGGCACAACUGCUGUCACUGUCGUUAGGCAGGGUGAUCACCUGAUCAUUGCAAAUUUGGGCGAUUCACGUGCGGUUCUUUGCACCCGAGACAGCAAGGACCGCCCAAUUUCAGUCCAACUAACCACUGACCUGAAACCAAAUCUUCCAAGCGAAGCUGAGAGAAUCCUGAAUUCCAAGGGGCGGGUUUUCGCCAUGGACGAUGAGCCGGACGUGCCUAGGAUGUGGCUACCAGACCAAGACGCGCCGGGCCUCGCCAUGGCAAGGGCAUUUGGAGAUUUCUGCUUGAAGAGUCAUGGACUAAUCUGUACACCAGAAGUCUACUACAGGAAGCUAUCUGCAAAAGAUGACUUCUUGGUACUUGCUACUGACGGGAUAUGGGACGUGCUGUCGAACAAGGAGGUGAUCAAGAUCGUAUCGUCGGCUACUGACCAUUCCAAGGCCGCCAAGCAGCUCGUCGAGCGGGCGGUGCGCACGUGGCGGCGCAAGUUCCCGACGUCGAUGGUCGACGACUGCGCCGUGGUGUGCCUCUUCUUGAAGCCUUCACCGUCGUCGUCGGAGAGCACCCCCGGGGACGCGAAACCUCCUCAGGCCGUGUCGUUCACGGGCAGCUUCCGAAAGGUCCUGGGCGGCGGCGGCGGCGAGGCGGAGGAGGGGACGAAUGUAUGGAGAGCUCUGGAGGGGGUGGCUCGGGUGAACUCGGUGGUGAGGCUGCCGCGGAUGGGCGCCGUGCUGAGCUGGCGGCGGCGGUCGACGUCGCUGGAGGAAGACGACGAGGCGAGGAUUGAUUGAUUGAUUGAUAACAGUCGCUUUCGUUGCCGGAAAACGUAAUCCAGAGGGUUUGAUUACAUGCUUUAAAUGGCAAAAAUUAGGGAGACGCUUUAGAAGUUGAUUGACGUAAACGUAUGUCGCAUUCAGGUUGUUGAGUUGACGGAAUAGGGACCGAUACUGCUGCUGCUAUCCUCCCUCUCUUGUAGUAGCUGAAAAUGAUUGCCUAGCUGUUGGAUGUGGUGGCCUUUGUUUGAUUUAUUUAUUGUGAUUCUUCCUUCCUUAAUGGAGUACGCUAUCAACAAAUUAAAUGGACAUAUAUGAUUGAUGAUUA